UACAUAUAUAACAGCGCAUUCUGUUGUUUUUUUUGUGCGCCAAUGUAAUAACUUAAAUAAAUACAAACAUCGCAACUUAGUAUGCAGCUUUUUGGUUAAUUCUACAAGUAUACUCCCUUAGCAAAUACCUAAAACAUAAUAGGCAUUUAUAAUAAAAAUCGUGAAAAAAUUACUCCCAACACUGCAUUGCUCGCUUGGUCAUGUUGAUUGAACCGGGUAUUAAUCAUAAAUUUGGAACAUUGGCCGCCGCAAAUACGAGCAUACCAGCGCAUUGGAAAAUGGAACCACCAAGAAUACCAGCCUUAGCGGGUACAGGUGGUGCGCCCACUAUACCGCCACCGUGCAAUAUCGGCCUGUCACCCUCUGUGCAAAUACCGGGAGCUGCAAUCUUCGGAGCCGGUGGCUCACCAUCGCCCACCACUUUGAAUGCGCUCAUGUCCCAACAGCGUUUACUCGAGUUGUCCCGAUUCGGCGGUCUACGCGGUUACGAUAUAGCGCAGCAUAUGUUGUCGCAACAGGGUGCUGUCUCGAAACUACUAGGUUCACUACGUCCACCUGGUCUAAUUGGAGGCUCUAAACCAAAAGUCGCCACACCAACAGUUGUCUCGAAGAUCGAACAGUACAAGCGCGAAAAUCCAACAAUAUUCGCUUGGGAAAUACGUGAACGGUUGAUUUCGGAAGCUGUGUGCACCAAUACCACCGCACCUUCGGUUUCUUCCAUUAAUCGUAUAUUGCGAAAUCGAGCCGCCGAGCGUGUGGCCAGUGAAUUUGCACGCACCGCCGCCUACAGUCUCUAUCCACCGCAUCCAUAUGGCGGCUUUACUUGGCAUCCCUCUGCCGCAGCGGCAGCCGCUGCAGCUAAUGCACCUUCAGCUGCACACUUUUGGCCCACACAAGCGACGGGUCCAACGCUUACGACGCUACCACCGUCUGGUGCUGGUAAUAGUGGCGGUUUAAAUAGUACUAUGUGUGCUAGCAGUAACUCGGGUGGUCUGUUGACAACGAAUAAUCGUCCAAUAUCACCUGGUUCGGGUAGUCGGGAUACCCUGGAGUCACCCGAUGAUAGUCGACAUGUGGACUCGGAUUACUUGGAUGAUGAUGAUGAACCAAAAUUUCGUCGCAAUCGCACUACUUUCAGUCCAGAACAGUUAGAGGAGUUGGAGAAGGAGUUCGAUAAGAGUCAUUAUCCGUGUGUGAGCACACGCGAGCGUUUAUCGAGUCGUACAUCGUUAAGUGAGGCGCGAGUGCAAGUUUGGUUUUCCAACAGAAGAGCGAAAUGGCGCCGCCAUCAGCGGAUGAAUCUGUUGAAGCAGCGCUCCAGUCCAUCCGGCCAUCCACAUAUUCCGCAUUCACAGCCGUCGCCCGAAAGAAACAACAACAACAACAGCUACAACAGCAGCAACAACCACAACAGCAACAGUCUCAAUCACAGUCUCGCGCCGCCAGUGACGAUGGGCGUGGCCGCCUCACCGACGUCCAGCUGCCACAGCAACAGCAACACCUCUACAUGUGCGGGCGCGGACCAACUGCAGUCGCACCACCACCACCAUCACUACACGCAUGGGGGUCAAGCAUCCUUGGCGACGGCGGUGAAUUCGCCAGGGAGCGAAUUGGAAUUGCGCGCACACGGACAUCAUUUGACGCACCACGCUUCGCAUCAUCCCCCGAACAGCAACGCGGCCACAAUGUUGUUGAAUCAGUACAGCCAACAACAACAGCACCAGCAUCAUCAACAACAGUACGUUGCCAAAACACAUUAUGCAGCGGCAGUGGGCGAUCAAUUGCAACACCCAGCGGCAGAACCGAGUGCAGAGAGUGCAGGCUCGGCGGCCGCGCAACACCAACAACAUCCGUUGGCAAUAACGCUGGCGGCAACACUGGCGACAUCUCAUCAACAGCAGCAGCAACUCAGCACAUCGCCCACAGCAUCAGCGCCAUUAUCAAUGGGCGGUGAGCAUAGCGCUUUCCGCUCGCUGGUCGGCUCACCCUCGGCGGCGGCGUUCGCGCAUUUGGUGCGUCAGUACGCAGUGGCGGCGACAUUGUCAGCGAAUGCCGCAAGCAUGGGCGAGGAGCUGAAACAACAACAACAACACCACCAACAACAGGCAGUGACAGUGGACGACUCUUCCGAGGACUCAGAGGAGGAGAUCAACGUGCACGACGAUUCCGACGAUGAGUUGGAAGUUGUACUGCGCACGCCUCGCACUUGUGCUGCAGAUCAAAAUAAUGCCUACAGCAACAGCAACAAACAUAAGGAAAACACGAGCGCUACCAACAACAAUAAAGUGAGUGAAAUGUCGCCGACUAGCAUCAAAGCGCCACUGCAACUCACCAAGCAUGAUCGCUGAGCGCGCGCCACACGCUUCAUUCUAAUCGCGUGAAGCAGGGCGUUGCGCGCACGGAUUGCAUUACAACUAAAUUUGACAAAGUUGACUCGGAGUUGCGCUUGUGAUUGACACAUUGGUACCGCCAAUGUUGGUAUAUAAUAGCAGCGGCGUGGCGCUGAGUAAAGGUAAGAAUUACUUUGGCUAUUGUAAGGCCCCGCUAUACAUGCGCUGUCCGCCUCAUAAUGAGCGUAACAUGAAACUUGGCGGACGCAAGCUGCAUGCUUAGUGCUAAGCGCUGCUCUGAAAAAACACUAAAAUGAUAAAAGAACCAAAACAAAUAUGUACAUAGAUUUGCAUUUGAAUGAGCUUGUUCGCUUUGCAAAAAUUACAACAAACACAACAAACAAUUUGAAACCAAAGUAAUUAACGAUAUCGUACAACAAUACAACGAGCGUACGCGGGCUACUUAAUGUAGGUUAUAACACAAAAUAACAACAACAACAAUAUUACUCAAAUACCCAGUAGAAAAUUUGAAUCUUGGAACAGUUCCAUUUGGAACUGACACUAAUCUUUUUUGAACUGGUCAAGACUAGGGCUGCAAAUUCUUCAACUAAAAGUUUUGGUUUAAAAAUUAAAUUUUUAUUUUUUAGUCCCAAUGUUGGGAGACUUUUAUUAUAGGCAAUUAUUUUUUUAAUACCAUAUUUGCAAUCCUGGUCAAGACUAAUUCCCUUUUUGGCGUAAAAAUUAAAAUAUCACUAAUAUUAGUAAAAUUCCUUGUAAACAAGUAAAUAAACUGAGUAAAUACUAGUGAUGACAUGGUCGAUUUUCAAUUAUUUAUCUUUUUGAUUUGUGACCUUAAAACUUGAUUUAUAAUAGUUUCGUUUCGAUAUUUUAUUUUACAAAUUCAUCUAAGAGAAUUUAGAAUUAUUUAGACGUUCCUAAAAGUGUAGGCCUUAAAAAUGAUACAAACGACUCACUCGAUUGUGCAUUUUUAUUUCAAACAUCAGCAACAAGGGUUUGUUUCUUCCUAAUCAACAUUUUUACUUAACCAAGUAUUUUGAUACUUACUGAAAGUUAGAUUUAUGUUUUCUCCCUCUAUAAAUUCAAAAUUUUACUUAAUUCUUAGUAAUUAUGCAUUAUAUGGUCUGUCUGUGAUUCCAUCAAACGAUUAGCGGUACUUUGUCUGAGUUCAAGAAUUCGCUUCGCCAGCGUCGUUUUUGUUACUGGGUUACCUUUGAAAAUGCACAGUGUUGUUGUUGAUAGUUUAAAAAAUAUUUCUAUGUAAGAGUGUGACUAGUUCGUUUAAAUGACCAAUAAAAUUUAAAAAUAAAAGGAAACAAUCCAGUACUAAUUGAAAAUUAGUUAAAUGUUAAAAAUAUAUAUGCAAAACAUUAUUAACACAAAUUUCCUAUUUUUGCACUAUAUAUCUACAAAAUUACUUUAAUUAGUUAGAGAAAAAAUUAUAUGCACAUAUACAUAUAUGCAAUAUUUAUAAAAAAAAGUUAUGGAAAAAUAAUCUAUUUCGACUUAGCUUCUUCUACCAAAAAAGUAUAAUUAACCGUAAUUUAAAACAAAUGUAUAUUAUUUCCAAUUGAAACCUGCAAUAGUUAAGAGUACCAAUUCGCUGUAUUUGUUUAUACGAAAUCAAUUUAAUAUUUUUAAUCCAGUCUACGUGUAAGCAAGAAUUGCUAUAUUCAAAAAGAUAGCUAUUUAAAGGAAAAAAACACAUUAUAUUUAACAAAAACAAUUGCAAUAAUCAACUAAAAAUAACUAAAUUUGUUUAUAAAGACAUGCAUUGUAUAAAUAUUAAUUAUGGGUAAGCAUGAGCUACUUUAUAGUAAUCUUAUGUAACUAUUUAAUUAUUUACUAAUAAGAAAUGGAAAAUAGUACAUCAAUACUAGUAAUUUUAGUGGUGUAAGUGUGUGUGUGUAAAUGUUUUGUGGCACAUGCAAUUAAUUAUAUAUACAUAUAUGUAUAUAUGUAUAUAUAUACUAUAUUUGACCCAAGAGUGGGUAGUUGAGUGUGGUAAAUUAUAACAAUGUCCUACUAAUAAAUAUCAAAGAAGA